AUGACUUCCAUCUUUCUAACUGGUGCUUCGGGUUACGUCGGUGGCCAGCUCCUUCGCGAGCUCACCAAAACGCACCCCGAGUACAACAUCGCCACUCUUGUGCGCGGCAGCCACGCCGCCGAGACAAUCGCACAGGCGUAUCCCAAGGUGCGCACUGUGGUAGGUGACUUGGAUGACAGCGAACUCGUGGAACAAGAGGCUGGAAAGGCCGAGAUUGUGUUGAAUGUCGCGUCGAACAAGCAUAUUGGCUCUCUGCAGGCCAUUCACCGAGCAUUGAAGAACAAGUCAAGCGCGUACUUGAUUCAAAUCUCGGGCGCAAGUCUCCUUCCAGUCAAGGAUCUCGCCUCUCCCUCAUUCAAGCCCGGCGAACCAUCCGACACUGUCUGGGAUGACCUGGACGCUGUCUCAUCAAUUAACGAUCUCAUCCGCAGCCACGGUUCUCGCGUGGUAGACAACUACAUCCUUAAAAUCGCAAAUGAGACACCUUCUAUCAAGACCGCCAAUGUCUUUCCUUCCAUCAUCUACGGAAAGGGACAAGGUCCUGUCAAGCAGCGCAGCGUGCAGAUCCCCGCUUUGGCCAAGGUUGCUCUUGAACGAGGCCACGCUGUGAGAGCGGGUAGAGGUCUCGCAGCUUGGACAAACGUUCACGUUGCAGAUCUUGCGAAAUUAUUUAUUCUUCUUACAGAGAAUGCAGUCAAGGGUAACAAUGACGAAAAGAUCUGGGGAGAAAACGGAAUUUACUUUCCCGGUUCCAACGAAAUUACCUGGGCCGACAUCUCAGACAAGGUAGCUCAAGCAGCAAAAGAUCAAGGACACAUCAACACACUAGAAGUAGAAGAACUAUGGAAACCCGAAGUAGACUCUGCCUUGCCUGCAGGUUCAGUCUUUUUCGGCAGUAACGCACGAAGCAAGCCCCGUCGCGCUACAGAAGUCUUGGGGUGGAAACCCAGCGAGACAGGACUAGAUGUAGAGAUUCCUAGAGCUGUGGCUCAAGAGGCAGAUGCUACGAAGGCCAAGAUUUGA